GAUGCCGUUGGGGGUUGCGUUGACCCGAUUGUUAAAGGCCUGGGCGACUGCGGUUAGAGACGACAUAGUGGGCUUGCGGGCGAGAGAUCUUUUGCCACCUGCCCAAGCACCCAUAAGCCGAGCGACUUUGGUUGCUGCGACUCAACUACCAGUGAUGUUGAUUGAGCUGGAACCCGAGCGAUAGACGCUUAGGACCCGUCAAUACCUAAAGAAGCACAAUUUUGACCUUGGAUAAUGUGCCCCUUUCCGAAGAAGGCGGAUCUGAGCACCACGUUGUUAGCGCAGGACAGCCAACGAAUAGGGAGCAAUCGAGCAAGGCUUUCCCAGCCCCUCCUUAACACAUCAUCAGCUCGUGAGGGUCUUCCCACUUUUCUGUCUGACCCACGACGACAAUUCCCUCUCCAGAAACCAUCCUCAAUCUUGACAAAAGGCCUUGAGUUUGGUUUACCGUCGCCAAAACACCACAAAAGCAAGAAAAGCGGCUCGGCGCUUGUGCAGUGUGGUUGCCCCUCGCGACCAACCCAUCCAACCCGGCGUCAGCGGCAAAGGAAGUCAACACUUGUGCAGCAGGAAACCAAGAACUGUUGCUCUCUUUCCCUUUCUUCAACACCCAUUAUACAUUCCAGAUCCAACCCCCCCUUCUUAACUCACCCGGCAUAUUGAAACUGUCUUUACCAGCCCUUUUACCGCAGCGGCAAUCUUCCUUUUGUGUGUCUUGUCUCGCUGGCCGACUUUGCGCGCGGGUUUUCCAUAUCGAUUUUUGCAACACUAUAUCAGAUUGAAGAGCACAUUGCCCGCGACGCUGCGGCGCCAUAGCAAAAUUUCCUAGUGUUUUCCGGGGAUUUACACUUGAAGCAGAAAGGAGAAAUACCUAGGUCAAUUUCAGUUUCGCUUCUCCGUCAGGCGCCAUGACGGCCGAUUACAACGAUGGGCCGGCCGUCGCCCUUUCUUUCGCCAACAACUUCUGGGGUAAAGACGAUGCUGGUGUCGGACCCCUGCUCGAGCGCAUGGCAAACGCCAAGCUCACAUGCGAUGAACUCAAGAACUUCUACAGCGCCCGCGCAUCUAUCGAAGACGAUUACGCCCGAAAACUACUCUCGCUAUGCCGCAAGAACCUGGGUUCGCAGGAGACGGGGACUUUGAGACAGUCGCUGGAUAUUGUCCGGGCUGAAGUCGAGUCGAUGGGCAAACAGCAUCAGCAUAUCGCGCAGCAAAUGAAGAGCGAACUCGAGGAACCCCUGGCUGCGUUUGCUGGUGGGAUGAAGGAGCGACGAAAGAUUGUGCAGAACACGGUGGAGAAGCUGCUCAAGACCAAGGUGCAGCAGACGCAGAUGGUCAACAAGACGAGAGACAAGUACGAGCAGGAGUGUCUCAAGAUCAAGGGCUACCUCGCGCAAGGGCACAUGGUCAUGGGCCAAGAGGAGAGAAAGAAUAAGGCGAAGUUGGAGAAGACACAGAUCAGCUUGGCUGCCUCCAACGCCGAGUACGAGGCUGCGGUCAGGGCGCUGGAGGAGACAACGGCGAGGUGGAACAGGGAGUGGAAGGCGGCGGCUGACAAGUUCCAGGAUUUAGAGGAGGAGCGCUUGGAUUUCACCAAGAGCAGCCUCUGGCAGUUUGCGAAUAUUGCAUCGACUGUCUGCGUUAGUGACGACUCUUCCUGCGAAAAGAUCAGGCUGUCCCUGGAACAUAUGGAGGUGGAGAAGGACAUAAUAACGUUCAUCACCGAGAAGGGGACUGGUCAGGAGAUCCCAGAUGCGCCAAAGUACAUCAACUUUUGCCGGGGGGAUAUGGAUUCCCAGUCGGAGGUGUCGGACGAUGAUAAUUAUUCGGUCGCGCAGUUUUCGAGGAGUAUAAACCCGGCUUUCCGCUCUUCGUCGCCACAACCCUCGACUUUUGAGUCUCAUCACGAUCCGAACUCGGCAUUGGCACGGAAGCUUCAUGGUGAUCCUGAGCCGGCACGAGGCCAAGCGGCGGCGUUGCCUCAGAAGGCGAUUGCUGCUGCGGUCCCGGUUAUUCCCCAGCAAGACUUGAAACAAGAUCAACGGAGGGCAGCGCCUAGAGGCUAUCAGUCUCCUCAAGCCAGCAACAUGGACUACGACCCCAACGAGUUCGCGCCUGUUCCUCACGAUCCCUACCCAAUGGAUGGCAUGACCAUGCUCUGCCGGCCCACAGCUUCAGACCUCAGCACGGCGCCAUCUGCCACAUCAGCCCGACCCUCUAGCAGAGGCUCCCACAGCGAGACGUCCUUCUCUAGUCAAGAACCGCCCCAGCAAGCCAUGGCGCCCGUCAAACAGCAGCAGCAGCAGCCACCAGCCCAACAGCGCCAACCCCCUGUCCAACAACAGCAACAGCAACCACCUCAACAACUCCAACAACAGCAACAGCCCCAACAAGGCAGUGAGUCCCCCGACAAAAAGGUCAUCAAGAAGAAGAGCGGGUUCUUUGGAAACAACAGUCCCUUCCGCAGAAAGAGCACCAAGGAAGUCGCCCCCAACAGCAGAAACACCUGGCACCCCACCAACAACCAGCGUCCCCAGCUCACGGGGGCUUUUAACAAGAGCAACGACCAGGUCAUCACCCCCGACCGAAGCGUCAGUCCCGAUCCCAUUGCUGCCAAUGCUAGCCUCGCACUCAACGUGGGAGGAAACGUCUUCCAGGUUGACGACACUGCUCGUCAAAAACAGCAAGCUUCGCCGGCUACACCAGAAGACGACCCAAUUGCUAUGGCGCUUGCGGAGCUGAAGGGGGUGACGUCGGGGAGUAACAAGAUGAAUGGUAGCGGUGGUGGGGGAAGGGUGUCGGCAGAUCACUAUCAUGGUAUUGCCACGCCCGCUCCUGGAGGGAGGUCGGGAGCGAUGAGUGUAAGCGGGAACAGCGCUGUUGUUGCUGCCAUGAGGGGGACGCCGCCGCCAAGUUAUGAUCAGCAGGUUCAGGUUCAGCGGUUGGGGGUGCCGCCGCCGGCGGUCACGUCCAAGGCGAUGAAGGCGGCUUCGGAGAAGUUUCAGACGCAGACGAGGAGCUUGUUUGAUGGGGGACGGCCGGGGUCUGGGGGGGGUGGUGGGGGGGAUUAUGCUAGGAGUAUGUCGAGGCCGGGGACGAGGGGGAAUGAUACGGUCAGGGCGGCGAGUCCGGCGCCGACGAGGAGUGCUAGUCCUAGACCGGGGUCGAGGGCUAGUCCCAGUGUCGGGUAUGGGAAUGGGAGUGCGAGUCCGAAUAUGUUUUCGAGUUCGACGGGGAGUCAGCAUCAGAGUCAGCAGCAUCGGGGGUCUGUGUCGUCACAGCAGCAGCAUAGGGGGAGUUAUUCUGGUCGGUAUGAGCAGCCCGGGAGGGGGUCGCCGAGCGUGAUGGGUGACGGGAGGAGUGCGAGCCCGGCGCCGUAUAGUCAGAGGCCGGCGAGUAGUAUGUCGGGACACCAGAAUCAUUCGAUGGCGCUUUCGGUGGCGGGGUCGAUCCCGACGGGUGGUGGUGGGGAUGAGGGGAGUUUGUAUGGGGGGAGUCAGAGGGGGAGGCAUGGGAGGAGCAAUACGGCCGGGAACGUCAGGGCGGGGAGCAGUGGGAAUGUGGUGGCGAGCAAUAUGAGUUUGUAUGAGGGGAGUGGUGGGAAUGGAGGGGCGAGCAGGGCGAGGAGCAAGAGUGUUGCUGCUGGGGGGGCUGGGGGGAGGGAUAGGCAGGUGGGAGAUCCGGGGACGUAUACUAGGGAUGGGAGGGCUAUUAUGCAUUUUGCUCGAGCACUGUAUAUGUACCAAGCGGCGAUUCCGGAGGAGCUGGGGUUUGCAAAGGGGGAUGUUUUGGCUGUGUUGAGGCAUCAGGAUGAUGGGUGGUGGGAGGCGACGGUGCAGGGUGGGAAUGGGCAGGUUGGGUUGGUGCCCAGUAACUAUUUGCAGCCUCUGAGUUAGGGGAGUUGAACAGGGCAAAGGAGAUAUGAUGGGGAAAGGAGAAGAUGGCGAGAGGAGGAUAGUAGGAGGUUAUGGGAUGGAGGUGGAAAAGAAGAUGUGGGAAAGGGGUGAAUCCCUCCGACUUCUUCACGGCGGUAUGGUUGGGGUUGGGUUGGGUUGGUGGAUCUGUCAUGGUUUGCUUAUAAUGAUGGGGGAUACCAAGGGCUUGGGUUGGACUUAAGAAGGGGAUGGUGACGAUUUGGGAUGUCUGAAAUGUGUACAUGGAACGAUGGGGUUUUGUAUUGGGGAUUUUUGCUCGAGCGAGCUUGUUCUGAUUUUGAUUGAUGGAUUCUUUUUCACUUUUUUUCUUUUUCAGCUUGUUUUCUUAUGCUUGGGAUCAUUUUCCGGUUACUGCUACUACGACUACCCCAUUGCUAUGUUGUUGUUUAGUUUUAAGACAGAGAUGGAAAUAAACGUGGUCUAUCCAGUUGCAUGUGCGUCGGGAGAGAUGUUUAUCUUUCCUGCUACCAGGCCGGUAGUAGUUCGUACCAUCGGAGUCAUCAGUUGUUGACAGAUGGGCGUUUACGCCAUCUUCUCGUGUUCUUUGAACACACUCAGACGACCAUGUUCCAGUUACGCUUUCA